GUUUUGGAAUAGCAUCUUUCAGCCUGAAUCCUGAGAAGAAAUAAAAGCACAUCAGCAGGGAAAUAAAUUAUUGGAGCAAAGUGGCAAUGGAGGAGUGGCUAGGUUUCCUGGGUUGGAUCUUGAAAAAUACUUCAUAUAUCUGAAAAACAAGCCACAUUUUUGCAGCAACUACUCUCAAGAAUAACCUUCAUCCAUCUAGGAGGGCAGAAGUAUUGACAGCUAACAGACAGGCUUAUACAUUAGAAGCAUGAGCACUGCAGGAAAAGUCAUCAAAUGCAAAGCAGCCGUGAUCUGGGAACCUAAGACACCAUUUAGUAUUGUGGAAAUAGAAGUGGCACCUCCAAAAGCACAUGAGGUUCGCAUAAAGAUCUUGGCUUCUGGGAUCUGCCGUUCAGAUGACCAUGUAUUGAGUGGCGCGCUAAAAGUGACCUUCCCCAUUAUCCUUGGUCAUGAAGCAGCUGGUGUUGUGGAGAGUGUUGGGGAAGGAGUUACUAGUGUGAAAACAGGAGACAAAGUUAUUCCAACUUUUGUCCCCCAAUGUGGAGAAUGCAGUCCUUGCAUUCACCCCAGAGGCAACCUAUGCAAAUUGAAUGACUUUGGAACAUUUGUUGGACUUUUGCCUGAUGGCACCAGCAGAUUCUCUUACAAAGGGGAGCUUAUUCACAGUUUUGUCAGCACCAGCACCUUCACUGAAUACACUGUAGUACAUGAGUCCUCGGUAGCCAAAAUAGAUGCUGCAGCUCCUCCUGAGAAAGUGUGUCUGAUUGGCUGUGGAUUUUCCGCUGGUUAUGGCGCUGCUAUAAAUUCUGCAAAGGUGGAACCUGGCUCUACCUGUGCUGUUUUUGGAUUGGGAGGAGUCGGUCUCUCUGCAGUAAUGGGUUGUAAGGCAGCUGGAGCCUCUCGAAUUAUUGGGGUUGAUAUCAACAAAGAUAAAUUUCCCAAAGCUAAAGAGGUGGGAGCUACUGAGUGUGUUAAUCCUCUGGAUUUUGAGAAGCCCAUCAAUGAAGUGCUGCAUGACAUGACGGAGGGAGAUGGCGUUGACUAUUCAUUUGAAGUCGUUGGACAUACUGAUACUAUGAUUGCUGCCUUGACUUCAUGCAACAUGAAUUAUGGUACAAGUGUGAUGGUGGGAGCUCCCGCUACUGGAUCUGAGAUUACUCUCCCCCCUGGUCUUAUCAUCACUGGCCGCGUUUGGAAAGGAACUGUAUUUGGAGGUUGGAAAAGCAGAGAUUCCAUUCCUAGACUGGUUUCAGAUUUCAUGCAGAAAAAGUUUACCCUGGAUCCACUCAUUACCCACACCAUGCCGUUUGAUAAAAUCAAUGAAGGGUUUGAACUCCUCCAGGCAGGAAAAAGUAUUCGCAGCAUUCUGAUAUUUUAAAGACCCCAGUGGAGAAGAACAUCCAAGACUAUGAUCUUCACCAGAGAAGUUCUGCCAGAUCAAAAGACUACACACUUUUUAAUGGGACUGGAUCCUGUUACAUUGCCAGUAAUAAUUAUUUUUUAUCAGCUAGUUGACUGAUCCUAAGAAAGAAUCAUAGAACCAUAUAGUUGAAAGAGACCACAAAGGCCAUCCCGUCCAUUCAGGAACAUAGAACAUAGAUGACCAUCCAGCCUCUGCUUGAAAACCUCCAGAGAAGGAGACUCCACCAUGCUCUUGAGACAGCAUAUUCCACUGCCGAACAGCUCUCACCACCAGGAAGCUCUUCCUAAUGUUUAAAUGGAAUCUUUUCCCCUUCAAUUUCAAUCCAUUACUCUAAUCCCUAGUUUCUAGAGCAGGAGAAAAUACGUUUUCCGCUUCCUCAAUGUGACAUCCUUUUAAAUAUUUAAACAUUGCUAUUAUGACCCCCAGAGCCACUGGUAGCGCAGCGGGUUAAACUGCUCAGCUGCUGAACUUGCUGACCGGAAAGGUCAGAGGUUUGAAUCCGAGAAGCAGGGUGAGCUCCAGCUGUUAGCUCCAGCUUCUGCCAACCUAGCAGGUCGAAAACAUACAAAUAUGAGUAGAUCAAUAGGUACUGAUCCGGUGGGAAAGUAAUGGCACUCCAUGUAGUCAUGCCAGCCACAUGAUCUUAGAGGCCUCUACGGACAACGCCAGCUUUUCGGCUUAGAAAUGGAGAUAAGCACCAACCUCUAGAGUCGGUCACAACUAGACUUAAUGUCAAGGGGAAUCCUUUAUCUUUACUUUUGUUAUGUCAUCCUCUCAGCCUUAUUUUCUCCAAGCUAAACAUGCCCAGCUCCUUAUGUCAUUCUUUGUAGAGCAUGGUUUCCAAACCUUUGAUCAUUUUGGUUGUCCUUCUCUGGACACAUUCCAGCUUUCCAAUAUCCUUCUUGAAUUGUGGUGCCCAGAACUAGACACAGCAUUCCAGAUAAUUAUCUGCCAUCUUGUAUAUAAUAGAAAGAUUUUUUUUUAAAAUACAAGCCGAGUUUGGUGUUUCCUGCUUUCAGCACUUCAAAGACUGUGAUCAGUGAGGUAGCAAUGAAAAGAAUAAUCAUAUAAGGCAUGACCCCCAUAUCCAUAGGGAAUAUGUUUCAAGACUUGUCAAUACCCAAAACCAUGGAUAAUUGUGAACCCUCUAUUAUGACUAUACUUGUGCUUGAAGCAUGUCAUAGGAGGACCCUAGAGAGGCACACAAAUACAUCCAGAGGGGAAAAAAAUAUUUUUGAAGCAUGGGUGAGACUACAGAUAUUGAAUCCGUGGAUAAGGGGGUUGUACUGCAUUUCAAAAAUAAAAUGGGGAAGGGAGGAUUAGGUUGUAAUUAUUUUGGUGUAUUGACACAUGAAAAUUGCCUGUACAUUCAAUAAUUAUUUUUAAAAGGACAUUCUAAUGUCAAAAUAUAGCUUUGUACAUUUGAUAUAGAUGUCAGCCAUAAUUAAGAAUAUGUCUGUUUCUCAGUGCCUUUCCAUUAUAAGCAUUUGUGUUUCUCUAUGCAACUUCGAAUGUUCAAAUAAAAGUUUGAUAAAGUAGAUAAUGACUGGGAAAGUGUAUUUUCCCCCUGCUCUUUCUGGAAGAUGGAAAAAAGAUGAUAGAGUUUUAUAUGUUUCUGGAGAUGUCUGAAGUUAAUGCACAAUUUCAAGGAUUGCAGGGAGAAACAUUUGGUCUCUUUGACAAUGCACACAUUAUAGCUGGGCCACAAGGUCAUAUAUUUGGUCAAAAAUGCAUAAAAUUAUAAUCAAAUGUGAUGUGAUGUUGCGAUUCCUGGAAUUUAAAAUAGAGUUUUGGCUUUUUUGGGAUGCUUUUCUCCCCCCAAAUUGUCAGUGUGAUCCAGAAGGUUUGAGACCGGGGAGUCUAGGCUGGCUCAAAACAGGCCCUGCGGAAAAACAGUUUGCUUACCCCUAAUGUUCACCUUGCACUAGGCAUAUCAACUCCCAAAAGCCCCAGCAAGUUGGCCAAGGCUCAGAAAUUUUAGGAGUUGAAAUCCAGACAUCUGGUGGUGCCAUGGUUGAGAACAACAAUUGUUGUGCUUUCCCAGUUUAUAAAUCGUAUGGGUCUGUAAGAUGCAGCCCUGGUGGUUAAAGGGGUAACAUGGUGCUAUAUGAUGUAAGUUUGUUUUUCAACGGCUCUUAUGUGGCGUGAUAGAUCUGGACCAAACUUGGUACACAUACCCUUCAUUAUCCAAAUUGAAAUACUGAUGGGGUUUUGAAAAAAAAAAAACCCAUGUCAUUGGUUUGUUGCCUUAUUUUAAAAAUAAACUACAUUGACAGCCCACGAGCCUCAUGCUGAUGCAAAUACAAGAGGGCACUAGAAAGGCUUUGUCGAAGGUUUUCAUGGCCAGAAUCACUGGGUUGUUGUGCAUUUUCCAUGCUGUAUGGCCAUACAAGGGGCCCCUGGUGGCACAGUGUGUUAAAGCGCUGAGCUGCUGAACUUGCAGACCGAAAGGUGCCAGGUUCAAAUCCCGGGAGCGGAAUUAGUGCCCGCUGUUAGCCCCAGCUCCUGCCAACCUAGCAGUUUGAAAACAUGCCAAUGUGAAUAGAUCAAUAGGUACCGCUCCGGCGGGAAGGUAAUGGCACUCCAUACAGUCAUGCCGGCCACAUAACCUUGGAGGUGUCUACUGACAACGCCGGCUCUUUGGCUUAGAAAUGGAGAUGAGCACCAACGCUCAGAGUUGGUCACGACUGGACUUAUUGUCAGGGGAAAACCUUUACCUUUACCUAUGGCCAUACAGCCUGGAAAGUGCACAACAACCCAACUAGAAAGGCUCCUUCAGAGAGAAAGAUGGCAAAUGGAAGAGGGCUAGAACCUCAGCAGGGAAACACUUUAGGAGUCCCUCUCAGAGGGCAUGAUCAUCAAUAUUUGGACCAUUCAUAAAAUCGUAAAGCCAACAAUGAGUAUUUUUAAUAAAUAACAUUAGAAAAUGCAUACCUGCACAAUGCCAGAGAUAUAUAUGCCAGUAUCAAGUAAAACGUAGGACAGCAUUUUCUUAUUGACAACAUCCAGGGUUCAAAUGGCACUUCCUGUAUACAUACGGUAUGCUCUCCACCUGGCAACUUGGGAGCAGAGAUUGAAAAGAAUUUAACCCUUAAAAAUCACCCUUUUGUGCUCUGCAUUCUUCUAGGGAAAUCUUUUUUUUUUUGCCUUUUUUCAUGAGAUGCCAACAAGAAUUGAGAACGGCUGCUUUCCAUCACACAUGUUGAUUUCAUCCUGAAAUUUUGAAUUAGAAGACUAAACAGGAACAAAUAAUUGUUAUGAUCCUAAAAUAGAAGAAAAGACAAAAAUAACUUUGGUGCAACUUUGGUAGAAAACUGAGCUUGGAAACCUUGGCCAUGAUUCUGCAUACAAUAGGUUUAUUGUAAAGUUCCACACCAUUGCAACUAUGAAAUGUUGUCCCCUCAUACCUUCCAAGACUCACAUUUUAGCUAGGUCAGCCCCCACUCCACAACCAUUUGGUUGCCAUGAAAGAGAAGGGGGCAUUAGAAAAGCAUCUGGCUUUUUAAAUGGCUCAAGACAGAAUGUCGGCACCACCUACCUCUGAGACCUUUUCAUUCUGGCAAGGAUUUUUGUGUGGUAUCUUAACACAACUUUAAAUGGCAAUUUAAUACAAGCCUAAUAUUUAUGUAUUUUCCCCUUCUAAUGUCAAUGUAAUUGAAUUUCAUUUUUAAAAUGUAUUAAUGAUUCUGUUUAACAUCUUUAUUAAUGACUUAGAUGAAGGUUUAGAAAGCAUGAUCAUCAAGUUUGCAGACAACACCAAAUUGGGAGGGAUAGCCAACACUCCAGAAGACAGGAGCAGAAUUCAAAAUGAUCUUAACAGACUAGAGAGAUGGACCGAAACUAACAAAAUGAAGUUCAACAGGGACAAAUGCAAGAUACUCCACUUAGGCAGAAAAAAAUGAAAUGCAAAGAUACAGAAUGAGAGACGCCUGGCUCAACAGCAGUGCAUGUGAAAAAGAUCUUGGAGUCCUCAUGGACAACAAGUUAAACAUAAGCCAACAAUGUGAUGCUGCAGCAAAAAAAGCCAAUGGGAUUUUGGGCUGCACAAAUAGGAGUAUCAUGUCUAGAUCCAGGGAAGUCAUGCUACCCCUCUAUUCUGCCUUGGUCAGACCACACUUGGAAUCACAUUAUAUCCAAUUCUGGGCACCACAAUUGAAAGGAGAUGUUGACAAGCUGGAAUGUGUCCAGAGAAGGGCAACUAAUGAUCAAGGGUCUGGAGAACAAGCCCUAUGAGGAGCGGCUUAAAGAGCUGGGCAUGUUUAGCCUGUAGAAGAGAAGACUGAGAGGAGACAUGAUGGCUGUGCAUAAAUAUGUGAGGGAAAGUCAUAGGGAGGAGGGAGCAGGCUUGUUUUCUGCUGUCCUGGAGACUACUACUCGGAACAAUGGCUUCAAACUACAGGAAAGGAGAUUCUACCUGAACAUUAGGAAGAACUUCCUAACUAUGAGAUCUGUUCAGCAGUGGAACUCUCUGCCCCGGAGUGUGGUGGCGGUGCCUUUUUGGAGGCUAUUAAGCAGAGGCUGGAUGGUCAUCUGUUGGGAGUGCUUUGAAUGCGAUUUUCCUGCUUCUUGGCAGGGGGUUGGACUAAAUGACCCACGAGGUCUCUCCCAACUCUAUGAUUUUAUGAUUCAAUGAUUAACUAAAUGCAUUGUCAAUUUUACUAAGUUUGCUAUCUUUAGCUAGGGUUGUUGUCUCUGUGACAGAAAUACUACAUACCCUUACACCAUCUCAACUAUUGACCCAUAAGCAUUGCACCAUAAAUGUGCAAACAGAAACCCAUGAAGUAAUCAGAUGGUUCAAGACAAAAGGCACUACGAUAUGACAGGCAAUCAGUUGCCAGUACGUGCAGCCAAAAAUGUGUGCGCAGAAACUUUUGAAAUCAACGGAUCAAUUCAAUAUGUAAAUGCUAUGAAUAGCAUGAGGAAUGGAGGUGGACAACUCACUUGAUAUUGAAAUCAACAAGUGUUCAUGAAGAGUCUAAGGAUCCUUUCACACUACACCAUCACCACAUUAUGAUUCCACAACAUGAAAGCCCGUCUCAGGUGAAGAAUCUGUUGCUGUGACAACUCAUUAUUAAAAAGAAGACUGUAAUAUUGUGGGAUCAGAUUAGCCAGUUAAAGAUAUUGUAGCUGCACCUUUUGCCU